AAAGAGUUGAAGGUACCUUGAAGGUACCUGCAGAAAUCGCAUUGCUUGUCGUGCCAAUGAUGGACUGUUGCUAUGGACAGCGAGAGCGCCAUUCGUGUGGCAGCCGAUAUUCUGGAGGAGCAAUUUGGCCCCGUGGUCGCACGUGUUGGGCAUGUGCUCCUUCAGCGAGGUCCCUUGCGCUUCCAAGAGAUCCUUUUCUACGUGCAGGAGACGCAGCAAGAGGCGGUGGAGUUCCCAGCCUUGCGCAAUGCAAUGCUGGUCAUGCUGCAGCAUUCGUUGGUGAGUUACCAAAGCCCAGAUGAGAGCUACCUGCAGGUGUACAAAGCAGAAAGCGAUGAGAUCCUGGCGCGGCUGCGUUUUCCACAAUACCUAGAGUAUGUGGCUGCUGCAAAAGGUGAAGAGGCCGCUGAGAUGCUGCUGUUGACCUUGAAGUACGGCCGCAUCAGCAAAGCACGGCUCCUCAAGGAGGCAGAGGCCGAGAUGCCGCCGCCGGAGCUGGAGAAGCUACUGCAGCAGCUGGUGAAGGAGCGGAUUUUGAGGCCUGACUUUGAUCCCAGGGCUGAAGAGGCUCGAAAGCGGCGCCGCCUCGAGGAUUCCCAAGACAGCAAGGCGGAGACUACGGAGGUGGUCUAUCGCUACGAUCGCGUGAACUUAAACCUUUGCAUUUGCAAGAAUCUUCUUUGCCGGAUUGUGGAGGAGCAGGUGGACGAAUUGGCAGCACAAGUCAUGAUGACCAUGCUGACUUCUGUGGGGCCAGACAGUAACGAACGCGUGAUGGCGAACUGGGUGUCCAUUGAGAGUAUCCAUGAACGACACCUAGGGCUUUUCCCAAAUUCUGGCCGCGAGCGCGAUCCUCAUCGGCUGCGCGAAAAGUUGCGGAGCAAGUUGGACCUUCUUGUCAACAAGGUUGAAUUCCUUCGUCACAGGCGCCAGGCCACGCCCUUGAAUGAGUUCACACGUUUAGCUGACCUGGCGGCGCGUCCUGCAAGAGAUGGGCAUGAAGAGCUUCGCUCAGAGUGGAUUGUGGAUUGGGCGAAAGCAGGCGACUGCUUGCGCUCGCUGACCAUGUCUCAACUGAUUCGUGACCGUUUUGGCCAAGUUGGACUUCGGAUCUUCAACUUGCUGCAAGAAGGAGACCCUCCGCAGAAGCUUGAAGAGAACCACAUCUUCAACAUCUGCAUGAUCCCCUUGCAGGAAGGCCGCGAGAUCUUGCAAUCAAUGGUAAAGCAUUCAGUGCUGAAUUUGCAACAAGUUGCUCGAAACAGUGAUGGUGCGGUAGCCAAUUCACUGUGGCUCUACUAUGUGGAUAUGCGGCGCGUCUGGGCCAGUACGGAGGAGUUGGUGCUGGAUGCCCUGCUGAAUCUGCGCACCCGAUUUCGCUCAGAGAAUGCACGCAUCAUGCCACUGGAGAGCCGUGCCCAGAGUCUGACGGCCAAAGAGCGACUUCUAUUGAAGGAAGGCCGCCGCGUGGAGGACCUCCUUGAACGUGGUUUCCUGGUGUUGGAUUCCGUUCUGCUGGCUGCCAAGUGGAAUGGCUGAGAGGUCUUCUGAGUGGAAGUCGGAGAAGGACGAGCAUCAGAUGUCUCAUGUCCUCGCAAAUGAGUCGUGCGAACUGCUGGAUGUCUUCUGUGUCCUCGCAAAAAAGAGCCGCAU